GCUCAUGUAUCACCAGUGAGCGGAGCUAAGAAUACAAAAAGGACAGCUUGUAUAUCUGGGUCCUAGAUUGUUAGUUCUCUCUUGUUUUUCAGAGAACCAGGAAUUGAAAAUCAUGUCUGGGAAGCCCAAACUUUAUUACUUUGAUGGAAGAGGCAGAAUGGAAUCUGUGCGCUGGCUCUUGGCCGCUGCUGGAGUGGAGUAUGAAGAAGUGCUUUUCAAAACAGCCGAAGAUUUUGCGAAUUUUGUCAAGGGUGGAAAAUUAAUGUAUCAACAAGUGCCAAUGGUUGAAAUGGAUGGAAUGUACAUAGUCGAAACCAGAGCCAUCCUGAAAUAUAUAGCUGCAAAAUACAACCUGUAUGGGAAGGAUCCGAAGGAGAGAGCAUUUAUUGACAUGUAUGUGGAAGGGAUGAGGGAUCUGAAUGACAUGAUUAUGUUCUUCAUGUUUUCUUUGCGUGAAGAAAAACAAAAGAAUCUCAACUAUAUCCUGGAGAGAGCCACUGAAAGAUUCUUCCCAGUGUAUGAGAAGGCAUUAAAAGACCAUGGGAAAAAUUAUCUUGUUGGCAACCAGCUGAGCUGGGCAGAUGUACAGCUGAUUGAAGUCAUCCUAAUGGUUGAAGAACUCAAGUCUGGCAUUCUCUCUGCAUUCCCUAAGCUUCAGGAGUUCAAAGCUAGAAUCAGCAAGCUCCCCAACAUUCAGAAAUUCCUUCAGCCUGGUAGUCCAAGAAAGCCACCAAUGGAUGAUGCAAGUUUUGAAGUUGCAAAGAAGACAUUCAAGAUUGAUACAAACUGGGUUCUUAAACACAUGAGCUGAAUAUUCACAAAUAAAGAGUUCUGAAGAGCACAAUCAAUAUUUUAGUUUCCAUCUCUAGUCAUGCCCACAGAAAUACUAGGAUGUGCUCCUGUGACAUUCUUAGGUUCAGUAACUAGCAAAUAUGAUUCCUCCCUAUAGAGCUUAUUGUAAAUCAGAAAACCUAAUCUUUCCAUUACUUAGCAUGAAACUUCAUUUAAUGGGAACAUCACCUUAUUCUGCAUUGUCAAAUCAUAGAUUAUGUUCUCAUUUUUAUUCCAAAUUUAAUAAACAGCUAAAUUUGGAGCCAGAA